AAGAAGCCUGACCUUGUCUCCCAAAGGCUCUAAAACUUUACCCGUGGUAUGCUUUAGCUAGAGGUACUAGAGAACAAGCGGAAGAGGCACGUGCUGCGUAGAAUUCCCCAGAAUGCCCUGCAACCUCCGGGAAAGAUUACCGGCGCAGGAGGCUACAGUGGUUGUGGUUCCAGGGCACAGGCCGAGCCACUGUGAACCAUGGCUCUGGCUUCGUUUGGUUAUACUCCACUUCCAGCGUCCCUGGGCAGUCCCGCGGAACAGGCGAGCUUUCGUAAAGUUUCGUACUAAGUGGCCGGCACACUUAGUAGCCCUGUAACAUGCAGCAAUUUCUACGGAGGAGCCGAGGCUACAGAGCGACAGCCAGCAGCACCUUGGAGGAAGCGGUGGAAAGUAGGUUGCGGCGCUGACCCCUGGUAUGGCCGGAGAUCUGAGCUCAGCGCUCUAGGAAAGUUCGAUCGGCUGUUGGGAGACAUCCAUCCAGUGGUUCGAGACCGUUCGACGAUAUGCUGUCCCGAAAGAAAACUAAGAAUGAAGUGUCCAAACCGGCCGAGGUGCAGGGGAAAUACGUAAAGAAGGAGACAUCGCCACUGCUGCGGAAUCUUAUGCCUUCAUUCAUCCGUCAUGGUCCAACGAUUCCAAGACGAACUGAUAUCUGUCUUCCAGAUUCAAGCACUCAUGCCUUUUCAGCUGGGGAUGGAGUAGUUUCCAGAAAUCAGAGUUUUCUUAGGACUCCAAUUCAGAGGCCACCUCAUGAAAUCAUGAGGAGAGAGAGCAACAGACUAUCUGCACCUUCCUACCUUGCCAGGAGUUUAGCAGAUGUCCCUCGGGAAUAUGGUUCUUCUUCUCAGGGUUUUUUAAUGGAGACCAAUCCUGCUGUUGAAAAUGGUGACUCUAGUUCCUCUUUUUAUUAUUUGGAUGAUUUUUACAAUAGUCAGAGGAGGCAAUCACCUGGAGAUCGUGUACAUGAAGACUACAGAUAUGAAUACAACAAUGAUCUCUUCCAAAGAAUUCCACAGAAUCAGGGGAGGCAUGUGUCAGCCAUUGGGAAGAUUGUUGCUACAUCUUUAGGGAAUUUAAACCACAAUUCUGAAGAUAUACCUCUUCCUCAAGGCUGGUCUGUUGACUGGACAAUCAGAGGAAGAAAAUACUACAUAGAUCAUAAUACAAACACAACUCAUUGGAGCCAUCCUCUUGAACGAGAGGGACUUCCUCCAGGAUGGGAGAGAGUCGAGUCAUCAGAAUUUGGAGUGUAUUAUGUAGAUCAUCUAAAUAAGAGAGCACAGUAUAAACAUCCAUGUGCUCCUAGUGUACCCCGGUAUGAUCAGCCUCCUCCUGUAACAUAUCAACCCCAGCAAAUUGAAAGAAGUCAGUCCAUUCUGGUACCUGCCAAUCCAUACCAUUCUGCAGAGAUCCCUGACUGGCUUCAGGUUUAUGCUCGGGCUCCUAUGAAGUCUUGCUUGGUUUUAAAGUCUUUCCUUUCCCAAAGAUCUGACAGAUAUGACCAUAUUCUAAAAUGGGAACUGUUCCAGCUUGCUGAUCUUGAUACAUACCAGGGAAUGUUAAAGCUGCUCUUCAUGAAAGAACUGGAACGGAUUGUUAAAUUGUAUGAAGCAUACAGAGAAGCUCUUCUCACAGAGUUAGAAAACCGCAAACAGAGACAGCAGUGGUAUGCCCAGCAACAUGGCAAAAAUUUUUAAGCUAAUUUUUAAUGAAAAUUGUGAAGUUUUAUAACAACUUUUACAUAUUUUCACUUUUUAAAAACCCAUGUUUUAGUUGAGAAAAGCAGCUUUCAUUUUGUUGAUAUUGCACUAUUAAAUGUAAUUCUAUAAUGUAUUUUGUUUAUAGAAUAAAAACUUUUUAUUGACUAAAAAAAAUUUAGCUUAUUUCCUUGUGAACUAGGAAAUCUUGAGAUUGCUUUGAUUCCAGCUUUACCUUUUAAGAGCUGUAUUGUAUAGGAAACUGCCUCAUGAAUUUUUAAAAUGGAAACACGUAACAAGGAACAUUGUCACUACCAAGCAAAUAUUAUUAAACACAAAAUAUCAUGUUAUACUCUUUUAAAAAAUCCAAUUUUAUAAUGUUUGUAUGCAUACAAAUGCAUACUUAGAUGUUUACAGCUUUAAUAUAUACUAAACUGAAAUAAUAGCCUAAAACAUAUCAAAAUGAGGGAGUCAUUUAUAAAUUCCAUAUAAUAUACUUUUCAUUUUUUCUUUAAAAACUUGAAGAAAGCUUUAUUUAAAGAUGUUUUCAGUUAACUUGCAUAAACAUUCUUUAGCAUAAGAGGGAGAGGGACUUUUGUAUGAAUCUCACAAAACCAAACCUGAGGCACAAGCUUACCUCUGAGAGACAGUAUACACAGGAAAGAGUAUUGCAUUUGAAGUCAAAAGACCUGAAUAGGAAUUCUGUCUUUGCUAUUUUCUACCUGUGUGUCUUUGGGCAUGUUACUUCUCUGAACUUCAGUUCUACCUGUAAAAUGAGGGGCUUGGACUCUCAUUAAAGAACUCUAAGGCUCUAUUUGGCCUGUGAUUUUUACUGAACUUAGUACAGUGUUGGAGAAAGACCUCUUAGCUUACUAGUUAUUAUGGUCUUUUUUGUCAGAACAUAGUAGACUGAUAUCCUGACAUGGUGACAGGCUGUUGAGCUAAAGAUCAGGAAUUUAGCAAGAAAACUUUUUUUUUUUUCACAACGAUUUGACAUGUUUCCAUCUUGUUCAGCGUUUUUCAUAAAAUUCUUAGGUUGUGUAAUUACCCUUCUGAAUAGUUUUUCAUUGGUUCUAUUAAGUUGUUGCAAUACUUAAAAGAAUUUCAUGUUACAUUUCCUAAGAAAUCAAUAAAUUUCAAUCUUUUGGGGUUUUUUUUGGAGUAUGUUUUAUCACUUGUAUUUGCAUUGAUAAUACCAUAUGGUAGAUUAAUGAGUCUAUACUGUUAUUAAAAUAUAGUUAAUGCUUAUAGGUUUUAAAUUUGUGAUUAGCUUUACAGUUUUGUGGAAUUUAAAUGUUUGAUUUCAUUUAUUAAAUUUACUAGUACGCAGUAGGAGAGUUGUUGAAAUAAUGAGAAUAUCAUUAACUAGAUUAUAUUGUAUUUUUUUUACUGUCUUCAAUGUAAAGUGGAUAGUACAUAUUAAACACACAAAUCUUAAAGAGUUCUCUCAUUUUAUGUAGUAAGUAAAUCCUCUUUUUCCACUCAUAUUGUUCUAAUUAAUUAGGAUAGAACUUUGUUCUUUUCUCUUUAAAGAAAUUAGGUAAUAUUAUAGUAUUACUGCUUUCCCUCAGGGGAUCAAGAGUACUAAAUGAUUAGUUCCUUUAAAAGUUUUAACUUGUGCCUUUUCAACAUGUUUAUUCUAUGAGUCUGCAUAUAAAGUAUUGCUGAUUUAAAUGAAUAAUUAGCUUGAUUUGUUGAUUGAUCUUUAGAUAGAGAGAAGUGCCACAUCUCUUAAAAUUUCAAAGUACAUUUUUAAGAAAAUUUAUAGUAGUAUCAAUCAUUGGUUUUUUACAAACUGUAACAUUUAUCAAACUUACUUCAAACCUUCUUUAAACACUAAUGACAUAUAAUCAAUCUCAGGAAAAGUGAAUAUUAAAAGAAUAAAUUUGUAAGGAGUACAUUUUAUAUAUGCUCCAUGGAUAAAAAGAAUUCAGGACAGUGAAACUUGAAUAUAUAUAUAUACACACACACAAAAUUCUUUUGUUCAUUUAUGACAAAUAAAAGCAAUACUUUAAGCAUAACAAAAAUAUCUUUAGUUUUUGACAGCAGAUGAAAAGAUUUUAUCAGAUGUACUUAAAGUAACUAAGAGUUGAGAGUACAUAUAAGAUGGAUACAGUAAAAAUCAAACAUUGGAUUAUACCAAUAAUCUUUUACAAAUACUUAUAUGUGAUUUUUAGUUUAUUUCUUUAGAAAUCAAAUGAGCAUAUAGAAACUUGUAGGAAGACCACUACAUAGUUCAAUUAAUUAUAAGCCAGUAUUAUUGGUAAAUUCAAGUGGAGCACAUGUAUUAACAAGAGAAUACAUUUUAAUAUUAACCUAUAAUAGUAAAUAUUACAGAAAACUGGAAACCAUGCAUAUAUUUCCUUAUUAAAUACUUAAGUAAAAAGAAAUGGUUUUCAACUUUUUAUUUUAAUCUUAAAUACUUUAAAAUAUGUACAUGUAUGCAUGUAACUGAUGAUAUAAUGGAUAAAUGUUCAUGCAUCUAUUUUUAAAAUAUGGAUUACAUUUUCUUCCGUUCUGAUUCUUCAGUAGAGUUUGAUUUCGAUGCAGGAAAAGCAUUUUGAUACAAAUGUCUGUGGGUAGAUGCUGCACUGUAGAGUUUAUAUAAAGCCUGGAAGUACAAAAGAAAAACUUGAAAAGUAUAUUUAAUUUUUAGUAAAGAUUUAAGUAGGCAAACAUAAUUAUACUUCAAAAUUGUUUUUCUUUAGUAUCUUAAACAUUCCAUUUUGAGUUAUCUCUAAUAAUCAAAUUCCUCCUUAUAUCAGACUUUACUUUUUUGUAACUUGUCCCUUUGCCCCAAGUUGAAAAGGACUUGAAUUCUUUUUUCCAAUGUUCUCCUGACUUUUUCCUUCAUCAGAUUAACUAUGAAAAGUUCUUUCAACUUAUUCUUAGUCGAUUCUUAACUAUAAAUAAUAGUUAUCCUCAAGAUGAUCUCUAAAUUAUCAAUAUACUUCCCAAAGGACUGAAUGCACUAUUCCAAUUGUGAUCUAACUAGGACAAGAUACAGAAGAGCUAUCACUUUCCUAGUGCUGGAUAUUAUACCUUUCUUAAUUACUUCGGUCUUAGAUCACAUGAGUAUUUUUAGCUUCCAUAUUAUGCUUUCAACUCCUUUUGAGCUAGAAGUCUACUAAAACUUUUUCAAAUAAUGCUUAUCCAAAUUUCUCCAAUCUUGUUUUUGUGAAGUUGAUUUUUUGAACUGAUGUCUUUAAUUAAAUUGCAUCUUACUAGAAUUGGCUCAGUUUAGAAUCCCAUCUGUGAUAGCAUUGCCAUCAGCACAUUUAAAAAGCACAUCACUUACACCUUUAAAAAUGUUUCAUAACAUACAUAUAUAGAUAACUAGUAUUACUUUGUUAGAGGUUGCCUUCCACGUCAAUAUUGGUUUCUUAAAGGGCUUCAUAAGAAAAACUAAUAAUAUAUUCCUAUUUAUAAAAUCUACUAAACAUUAAUAAAUAGUGCUAACAUUGUCUCUCUA